AUGUCGUUAUUUUAUACCGUUUCAAAAGCUAUUCAACAAUUUGUUUUGGUUUUCGGUUCAAUAUUAGUCUCAAAACGUAUGCAUAAGAAGCUGUUGUCGGCUAUCAUUUGGUCGCCAAUGAGUUUCUUCGAUACGACACCUUUGGGACGGAUUAUCAACCGGUUUAGUAAAGAUAUCGAUACAUUAGAUAACAUUAAAACAAUUUUAAAUCAUAUUUCAGAAUAUUCACAAAUAUGUUUAUCAGGAAUCAUAACAGUAUUAAUUAAAACUCCAUUAUAUUUUGUACCCUUUAUUGUUAUGGCAAUUAUAUUUUACGUCACCCAGCAUUUUUUUACAAUAUUUUCGAGUCAAUUAAAACGUUUGGAGUCAAUUACUCGGUCACCAAUAUAUGCUUAUUUCAGCGAAACAUUAAACGGCUUAUCAACUAUUAAGGCUUAUGGAUGUAGUGAUCGGUUCAUUAGACACAUGGAGUCAUUGAUCGAUACCAACCAAAAGACUCUUUAUGUCACUAUUAUUGCCAACAGUUGUCUUCAAAUAUUAAUGGAUAUUAUAUCCAGUUUAUUGAUAUUAUUUGCUAUACUUUUUGUUAUAUUAAAAAGAAACUUAUAUACCGGCGGCGACACCGGUAUGUCGUUAUCCAAUGUAAUCAUACUAUCAUUUAAUUUAGGUAGUCUUGUACUGUCAAUUAGUAAACUUGAGGAAAGUAUGGUUUCGUUUGAAAGAUUAGACGAAUAUAGUAGACUCAAACCCGAAACUGAUUUGAAAUUACAAAAACAAUUGAUACCCAAUAACUGGCCAAACAAGGGAUGUAUUGAUUUUCAACAGUAUUGUAGUCGAUAUAGAGAUGGAUUAGAUUUGGUGUUAAAUAAAAUUAAUUUUUCUAUCAAAUCGGGCGAAAAGAUCGGUAUUGUUGGCCGAACCGGAGCGGGAAAAUCGUCAAUAACUUUGGCACUGUUUAGACUAAUAGAGGCAUCUUCUGGUAAAAUAAUCAUCGAUGGCAUAGAUAUCAGUGAAGUAGAUCUUCACGAGUUGAGGACACGACUAACAAUUUUACCACAAGACCCGGUACUCUAUUCGGGAACCAUUCGCUUAAAUUUGGAUCCGUUAGGCAUUUGUUCCGACGAUGACUUGUGGAUAGCUUUAGAGCACUCACACCUUAAAUCGUUUGUCAAGUCAUGCGAUGGCGAACUGGACUAUCGAGUGACUGAUUGUGGAGACAAUAUAAGUGUAGGUCAGCGACAACUCAUAUGUCUGGCCCGGGCUCUCAUACGUAAAACACGUAUCCUUAUCCUCGACGAGGCCUCGGCUGCAGUUGACGUCGAGACCGACGCACUCAUACAGCAAACAAUUAGACAACACUUCAAAUCAUGUACUGUCCUAACCAUAGCUCACAGACUCAAUACAAUCAUGGAUUCAGACCGUGUGUUAGUGUUAAACGAGGGACGGGUAGCCGAGUUUGAUUCGCCUAUGAAAUUGUUAACUAAUAGUUCAUCUAUUUUUUAUUGUCUAUCCAAAGAUGCCGGACUUAUUUGA